UGACGACAACAGAGCAAAAUCAAAACAGUGCUUACAGCCAUACAUUCACUGUAUUCUGCGUAAACGCGACAGUUAAUUGAUUUCAUGCAUAAAAACGGCUUGUAAGUUAACUUGGCAAUGGCUGGCAAUGGUGGCACAGAGGGGGAUGUUGAUGAUCCCCUCGGGACAGGCUGUCGACUCAUAUCUGUAUCAGAUCUCCCUAGUACCACACCUGCAGGGCGGAAUCUGAAGGAAUGGUUGAAGGAGCAGUUUUGUGAUCAACCCACCGAUGAAUGCGAGGACAUGCGGCUCCAUAAUUCUGCCCAUGUGGGUGAUCUGGACACCCUCAAGAAUCUUUUGGAGGAUGACAGCUUCAAACGGCGAAUUAAUGAGAAGUCUGUGUGGUGCUGUGGCUGGCUUCCCUGUACACCACUCCGCAUCGCUGCCACUGCGGGCCACAGUGACUGUGUGAACUUCCUCAUCUGUCAGGGGGCCGACGUGGACCUGGUGGAUGUGAAGGGCCAGACAGCGCUUUAUGUAGCCGUGGUCAAUGGCCACCUGGAUUGUGUGCGGAUCCUGCUGGAGGCUGGAGCAAACCCCAACGGCAGCCGCCACCACCGCAGCACCCCGCUGUACCACGCAGCUCGAGUGGGCCGCCAUGACAUCAUUCAGGAGCUCAUCAGGUUCAAUGCUGAUGUGGACGUGGACUACCAGCUGUGCCUGCACUCUGCCCCAUCUGCCCCUCGCACGCUCAGCACCCUGGGCCUGUGCCCUCUCUACAUCACCGCUGCCUACCACCACCUGCCCUGCUUCCGCCUGCUGCUCAGCGCUGGGGCCAACCCCGACUACAACUACAGUGGCCCGGUGAGCCGUGAGGCCCUGGCCCGCACCCCCGCCACCUGCCUGCUGGACGCGGUGCUCAAACACGGCUGCCAACCGGCCUUCGUCAGCCUGCUGCUGGAGCACGGCGCCAACCCCUACCUGGUGCCCUGGGAGGAGCCCGACCCGGAGUUGGUGGGCCGCGGCAGGGUGCACCCAGAGGCUCUGCACAUCUACCAAGAGGCCAGAAGAUGCCCCCACAGGCUGAGCCACCUGUGCCGGGUAGCUGUGCGGAGGGCCAUGGGGAAGCCACGCCUGGCGCUCAUCCCCACCGUGCCCCUGCCCGAGGCCAUCAAGAGCUUCCUGCUGCACCUGGACUGAGCUGAAGCCCUGCUGCUGCUGCUGCUUAGUGUGGUUGAGCUCUGCAACAUCCUUGGCCUUCUGGUGUGCUGACACCAAUUCCCAAUGCACAUUGUAGCACACGCAUGAGACUGAUAUUAUUACUAUUUCUCAUUUGAACUUGAUGUGAUGAAGUUAUUGAUGACAUGUAUUUAUUGGGUAAUACUGCUCAUGCUACUCCAGGCACUUUAAACAUGGCUAAUCCAAGCACAUACUGUAUUGUCACAGAGCUGAUAGAAAGGCAGCACACUUUUCUAAAGGAACUGAACUGCACGUCAUCAGAAUGGGCUCUGGGAAAACCUCAGAUAGCAUCGUUUAGAAUGAACAGUCUGCUGGCAGUGUCCCUAUGAGAACAUUUGGACCACCCUUCCCCAACGUUUCUUUGGCAAUCAUCAAGAGUGUGUUGAAACAAAUGUCAGAUCAGCAAUGCAGAUUAUUUGGUAUGAGUGAACACUAUUAUCUAAGAUUAACAUUUCUGUGCAUUUGUAUCCCAUCUACCUUUGAACCUCAGUGGGUCAGUUUACUCCAUUCUUUUUUAAGUCCUGUGAAUGAAUUACGCCAAUUCAUGUUCCGCUCGGAUAUGCUGUGUGACCUGCGCCUUAAGUACUGCGGUGGUAAUUAAAAUCACAUAC